GAUAUGAACAUAUUAGUAAAAUUUAGUGGGCCUAAAUUUUAUUAAGGAAAAGUGAAUGAUUAACUUGCAAUAUAGCAUCAGUUUCAGGCUAAGACUCCACAGCCUUAGACUGAGCAACAACUACCUUAUUUAACAAACACUUUUUUUUCCUAAAGUCAUCAUCCUAUUUGCAUAUAUUCUAACUGUUUCAUUCGCCAUAUAUUCAAUUCAAACAUUCAGAACAAGCUACAAGCAACACACACACACACACACAGAUGGGGAGAUACUGCAGAAUUUUGUUUCUGCUGAUAAUAUGCAUAGUUGUGAGGAAUGGAGAGGGACAACUGAAGCUGAACUUCUAUAGCUCAACAUGUCCAAAUGUCGAGAACAUCGUGAGGCAGGUUGUACUGACGAAGAUAAGCCAGACGUUCGUCACCAUUCCAGCAACUGUGCGGCUGUUUUUCCACGAUUGCUUCGUUGAGGGAUGUGAUGCCUCUGUUAUGAUAGCUUCACCAAACAACGAUGCUGAGAAAGAUGCCCCGGAUAAUCUAUCUUUAGCCGGAGAUGGAUUUGACACUAUUGUUAAGGCCAAGAAAGCAGUCGAGGAGCAGUGUCCUGGCAUAGUAUCCUGUGCAGACAUCUUGGCCAUUGCUGCUAGAGACGUCGUCUUCCAGGCAGGAGGUCCUACAUACAACGUGGAAUUAGGAAGGCGCGAUGGGCUAAUUUCUCGAGCUUCUAGUGUUGCUGGGAACUUACCGGAGCCUGAAUUCGAUCUGGAUCAACUCAAUGCCAUGUUUGCGAAGCAUAAUCUGUCUCAGACGGAUAUGAUUGCUCUUUCGGGAUGCCAUACAAUAGGAUUCUCCCACUGCAGCCGUUUCGCAAACAGGAUAUACUCGUUCUCUUCUUCCAGCCCCGUUGACCCAUCUAUGGAUCCAGAAUUCGCGCAGCAGUUGAUGCAGGAAUGCCCUCAGAAUGUUGACCCAGUAAUAGCCAUAAACAUGGAUCAUGUGACUCCACAGACAUUUGACAACGUCUACUACCAGAAUCUGGUGGGAAAGAGAGGGUUGUUUACGUCUGAUCAGGUGCUGUUUACUGAUCCAGCUUCACAGCAGACUGUCGUGGAAUUCGCCCAAAACCCUGGUGAUUUUAACGGGGCGUUCAUCACUGCAAUGACCAAGCUAGGCAGGGUUGGCAUCAAGACUGGUGACCAAGGAGAAAUAAGAAGGGAUUGCACAGCAUUCAAUUGAUAAGAGAUUGUUUCAAGCAUGGAAAAAAGGAAUUCACAAAGAAUAAUUUGUAAAUUUUGUCUGCAGAUUUGCAUGGAUACGACGAGUGCAACAUGUUGAUGGACAUCAUGAAUAAGAAACUCUCAUACAGUUUCAAACAGUAACAUUUGAUAUAAGUCGAAAACUACAAUGUAUACUUACAAUGUGCUUAAUUGUUUUGUGGUAGGGCAUUCAUCUUGUUUGUGCUUUAAUGACAUGUUCUUCUUUGCUUUC